AUGAAGCCCUCGACGGUUCUCCUCUGCCUCGUCCCUACGAUAGCCUUCGCCGUCGACACUGAACAUGUACCACCAGCCGUCGAUCCUAUUCUGCCGUUGCCCAAUACCACUCCUCCCGUUCCGUUGCCUGAAGUACAGAUCCCGUCGACUCGAGAAGAUGAAUUCAGCUCACUCUUGGAACCCCGCCACAUGGUCCGUAUGGCACGCCCUGCUCCGGUCAAGCAAACAGACGGGACCAUCACAGUUGCUCCAGAAGACACCGUUCCGACAACAAUACUGGAUCAAUGGCCAGAACUCUCUCAGGGGCGCAUCGGGCUUCGGCGCUUGGACACAUCGCCAGGAGGCACAAAGGCCCUACGUGCGCGAAGCGAAGGCACACUGGGCCAAACCCCGUGGAUUGGAAUGGCUAUUGGGCUCACCUGUACGGGACUGACUGCUGUUAUGCUGGGGUGA